AUGGGAGUAGGAACUUCGAUGUGCAGAAGAGGUUCAUCGACAAAAAAACAUGUGUCAAAUUCAAAAAAUAUUAGUUCAUCAAGUAGAAAAGCUCAAUGUUUGGCAAUUAGUCGUGAACCAACAAAUCCAACAUUAAGAACGCAUCAAUCGCGACACACACCACAACGUCAUCAGUUUACAACGUUACCUCCACCUGUGCACAUACCACAUUUAUCUCAAAUACCAACACAACAGCAAACAUAUCGAAUAGCAGAACCUCUUCCGAAAUCAUCUCUUGUCACUCCUGAUAGAAGCGGUCAUAUUAACUAUAAUUACAUUCCUGAUACUCGCGUAAAAGUAAAUACAAGUACAUCGGAUAUUGUCUCUUUAUCAUCAUCUGAUAUUUUACACCAUAUACCAUGUAGUGAACAUGUUCAUGACAAUCGACGCCAGCAGCAAGAGGAAAAAUACUCUUACAAUGAGCAUGAACGGUCACGAUUAAUGAAAAGAUCAGCAUCUGUUCCAAUCGAUAUGUUUUUGAUUGAUAUAUCCCAUGAACAUGCUAUGAUUAAUCAACCAAUUACAUUGAAUAUUAGACAUUUAUUACUCGACACAAUAGAAAACCGUCGGACAAAUUCGUCUUCAUCAUCACUAUUAAUAGAACCAUCGUCAAUUACAACCUAUGCUCAUGAUAAUUUACUCAACUAUAUUCCGUAUGUAUGUGAACGUUAUCCAAAUGUAACAGUUUCACCAAAUCAACCUACGCGUAACACUUUACACGUCAGAGUACCGUCACAAUUUUCAAAAUCACUAAAUGAGAUAGCAUAA